AUGCGUCUGCGCUGCGCCUGCGCAGCGGGGCGGACACGCCACCGCCAGAAAGAAAAAUUGCGACUGGGGUCGCGCCACCGCAUCUGGCCUUUCCGUGCGUUUCUGCAGGUUUACGAUGACGAAGACUACAGGAGGGUUCGGUUCGUAGGUCGCCAGAAGGAGGUCAAUGAGAACUUCGCUGUCACCCUGAUCGCCGAGCAGCCUGUGAGUGAGCUGGAGAGCCGGGUGGUGUCAUGCGACGGCGGCGGGGGAGCCCUCGGCCACCCGAGAGUGUACAUAAACCUGGACAAAGAAACGAGGAGCGGGACGUGCGGCUACUGUGGACUGCAGUUCAGGCAGCACCGGCACUAGGGUCGCACCGUCGCCUGUUCCUGGAGCUGAAUAAAGCUGCUGUGCCAGAGGA